UCUUGGCAAGGUUGAGUUGAAGGUGAUGGUCCAUCAUCCAGGAAGAAAUGUCUGUUAGACAAGCUGAGAUGCGAAUAGCUACCGUCGGAUCAUCAGGAUGGAAUGAGAGGUAGAGUUGAGUGUCAUGAGCAUAACAGAGAUAUGAAAAGCAAUGUUUCUGAAUGACAGAACCUAAUGAUGCCAUGUAAACCGAGAAGAGAAGUGGUCCAAGAACUGAGCCCUGAGGCACCCCAGUAGUUAGAUGUUGCGACUUGGACACAUCACCACUCCAAGGUACUUUGAAGGACCUAUCUGAUAGGUAAGACUCAAACCACUGGAGUGCGGUUCCUGAGAUGUCCUUUGUCAGUAGGGUUGACAGGAACAAGUUAAGUAUUGAAGAUUUGGAUCCCGCUCUUGUCAGUCUUAGGGCUUCAGAUUCUCAGUUGAAUGUCCACUUCUGAAGCCAGAUUGGUUGCUGUCAAGGAGGUUGUUCUGUGUGAGAAAGGCAGAGACUUGGUUGACGUUAUAUUAGUUAUUGCUCUGAAUGUGGCAGUGUAAAAAAAUUGUCUUUCCUUACAGAACUUGUGGGGUUAUUUACAACUAAAUGUUCCUACUCUGUGUUUAUUAGAUUCUGAGCAACCUUUAACUUCCAUGGGACCCUUUCCAUUACAUUAUAGUAUAAAGAGGUUCUUUAGAUUAUUAAAAGUUUUUCAGAGUAAGAAAAGAUGGUCCACUGACAAAAUAAUGGUUCUUCUAUGGCAUUGCUGUGAAAACACCCUCCUGUAAGUUUUAUUUUUAAGAGCGUAUGCAACCCUAGCCAUCAAGCAAUCCAACAUUUCUAUAUGAUAAUAUUAAUGCAGUAACCAAGUACACGUCUUAUUUCAGCUAGGUUGUUUUUAAAUGUUAAAGAAGACUAUAUCAACCAAUGUAUCGUACACUUGACUGUAAACACUUUAUUUCUAUGGUUUACAGUUGGUUGCUUUUGUGUGUGUGUGUCAAAUUGUCAUAAUAAAAAGGAAAGUAGUUGUGGACCGAAAUAUGAACAUCCAAAGUGUUUCAAAUGCAUUGAAUUCAAUUCAUUUUGUGUAUAUUUCAAUAAUUUUUAUUUUUAUUGUUUUAAUGCAAAUAGUUUUUUUUAUUAAAAUAGACUUCAAAGUGUUACUUUUUUUCAUUUUUAUUAUUUUUAAUGCAAAUGGUAAGACCUCAAGCUGUAAAUGUCCAAGCACUUGAAUAAUUUUUAUGUUUUUAAUAGCUUUAUAUUGCUAAUUUUUUUUUUUUUUAUGUGCUGUUUUAUUUUUAUUUCACUGGCAGCUGUGCUAGUGUGAACCAAUAAAACAUGGUACUGUAAAAUAUUUUUGCAAUUAAAGCUCUGCCAGACCAACUGUGGUGUAGUUAUUGAUAUAUAACUAAUCAUAAUCAUUUUGUUCGCUUUGGCGACUCUAGUGGUCAGAAUAUGUCUGCUGGUUUCAAGCAUUGUCAGUUUGAUUCAUUCGGUUCGCUCGGACGGAUCGUUCGAAUCGAACCUAGGUCCUCCCUCACAGGUACACAUGCUUGACGACUCGGUUCGAACGAAUCAUGAAGAAGAAUCGAUUCAAUGGAGCGCCGCUGUUCUUUGUCCUCGCGGUGACUGACUGCAUAUGAUCCCGCUGAAUGUACAUUAUUUAUUCCUCCGUUUACAAUCUGUAUUCAUCAAGCAGAAGAUUUGAAGGAUGGUGUUAGUUCAUGUCGGAUAUCUGGUUCUUCCUGUCUUUGGCUCUGUGAGAAAUAGAGUCUAUGGAGGCUGAAUCUACAUUCUGCAUUAUCAGAUCAUUGUGUUUUAAUGAUCAUCUGUGUUCUGAUCCCUCCUCAUUUCCUAUUUCCAUCAGAAGACGACAAACAUCUCAGAUCUGCUCCCUUCCUGAGAACAAACACACACUAAAACCAGAGCUAACACAUUUAGAGCUGUCUGUAUGUCAAGUGCUGUAGUUUAACACACAUCAGUAGCUCUAGAAGAGUGAUUUAUGUAUGUCCCAUCCAGCUUUUGUAGUCAACAUGAAUGUAAAUUCCUGUAAAAUGGAUGCAUUUUGUGCUCGGAUGAUUCCAAAAAAGCUUUAGCUGUCACCUACAUAACGUGUGCUUCAUUCAUUGCCCUUCUGAUUUUACACGAUCAUUCACAAUCAUGUUUUGAGCAAAAGCCAAAAAAAAAAAAAAAAAACACCCAAUGAAGCAACUCGCCAACUAACCAACGAUUGGCUACUAUUGCAUUGAAUCCAAAUUGCGUCCAAAAUGCCAUCCAUUUGGCAGGGAUGUUGAUUUCCUGCACUGCUACUGAGAUCCUCUAUUAGAGCAAUGCAAAUGUCUAUUGUUUGGUUGUGGUUUCUUUACCUUUUGUUCUGGUAAUAGACGUCAAUGCAUGAAUCACAUUAUUCAUAUUAUUUUAAUUCUACAUUGAAUAGACUCCAAUGUAAUCUUUCUGUAGUAAAGAUGUACCCUGCUGUACUGUAACGUGCUGUAGCCGAUGCAUCUGCUCAUUGGAUGUUGCUUUUGUUCUGUUAACCCUGUACUGAGCAUGGUGGGCCUUGCUAUCGGUCAAUGUUGUUUUAUUUGUUGCAUGGACUUAUUAUUAUGACACAAAUCCACAUAUACUAAUAUUUUUCAAUAAAGAAUAUAGUAUUUUUCCUAACCUCCAGUGUGCUUCUUGCUGAUUUCCAUUUAUUGUCUCCCCCACCACCCACCUCCCUCUGCUGUGACCGGAUUUCCUCGCUUUUUUCAUCAUGAGAUCUCAAUGAGUUGAUCUGUGGUCAUUUACGCUCAUCACUGAGGCACUUAAAGGUGCAGGGUGCGUUCAAGAUAACCGUAGACGUCCAUAAUUUGAAUGAGAUUCUACUAGAUCCAUUGCCAAUCAUGGUUUUAACGCUGCACCUUUAAGUCUUCUCAAAGUAAAUGAUCCGGAUGCAAUGUAAACGUGGCCUUUCUCUGUGGUGUGUCCAGAUAGAUCCACACAUUUCAUCUCUGUGAUUGAAUCUUUUCUCACUAACGAGCAAUAGCCACGUCCCAUUUCUCUGUGAUGAUGACACAUUAUACAUGAUUUCAUCUGGUGAUUUAGGUUUUAAGUGUUUUCGAUUCCUUCAUUCUAGAGUGGAGAGAUGGAUAAUUCUGCUUUUGUGUGUCUCAUUUUCUCCCCAUUUCUAUUGACAUAACUUUGAUAUUUCCUUCUCAUAAUGAAUAAUAUAAACCCAUAAAAUGGUGCAUUGAUUCAUUUCCUCAUUUAUUUGUCAUAUUGUGAGUAGCCAGCCGAUAACUCCAUCACAACUGGACAAACUCGGUCUCAAAAUCUUAUGUUAUUAAUCCAGUGAAAUAUAAGUAGCGCUUCUGAAAUAAGGACAUUUAAUUCUAUGUAGCCUGUUUAAUAUAAAAGUAGUCUGGUGCAAUACAAAAUUACAUUCAUUCCAGAAAUGCCAGGACUUUUUAUGGAGUGUAAUUGUUGCUCUAUACAUUAAUGUUCACAUGUCAGCUUUACAUGUCUUGCCCCGGCCCCAGCAAAAGCCUUGGGUUCCUGUGAUGUCUGACGCUUCUGAUGUCAUUUUGCUUCUAUGAAGGCUUAGAGUUGAAGAGAUAAUAAUCCCACUUGGAUAAGUCACAAUAACAUGUUCCCAAGGAUCAAGAGUCAGUCCUAGAAAAACAUUCCUAUCAGCCAAUCAUAUUUCAGAAUUAUAUGCUUUGACAGUAUUCUUAACCCUUAAGUCAUUUCAGGAGUGGGCGACGGAUGAGGUUUGGAAUAUGAUUGUUGUUCUAGAACCAACAGAGGAUGUUGAUUCAGGAAGAUGUCCUACUUCACGUCCGUUGAGAUGUCAUUGACUUUGAGAUUUUGUUUUGCCAGCACAUGGAUAUUGCUUUGGAAAAUAGUUCCCACAGACGUAUCCAAAAUCCUGUCAUUAGAAAACGCAAAUCCCUUUCUUGAUAAGGUGUGACAGGCUAACAGCUCACAAAAAAUAAAAUAAAACAGCAUCUUUGGUCUAAACCCAGACCUUUACUACUCAUUUGGCUGAGAAUCUAAAGCAGCUGUGGAUUCCUUCAGCUAUCCAGGAACGCAUCACGCAGUCUGCUUUCAGUAGUCGCUAAAUUAAUGUACAGCUUUCACAUCUGUUGUGCCGAGGUGAGGAGACACUUCUGCUGAUAUAUGCAUGAUUAUUUCCCCAACAGCUAAUUGCAUUGGACGACUCACUCACAAAGUAGCCUGACAAGAAAAGUUGGUGAUGGUUCUGAUCAUUAGAAACAUGUCAUGUUAUCCAUCAGGAUGUUCUACCAUCUCUACGUUUAGGUCUAUAUUUGUUUAAGCGCUUCGUAACAUUACCAAUGUAAUCUUUGUUUUUAGGUUUGUGCUUUAUUGAUUCGGGAACCAGUUGGAAACCAAGUACCGUAUUCUGCAAUGAACCGACCACCUAAAAAGUUCAGUGUCCUGUUGCAUAAACAUUUAAGAUUAGUUUUACAAGAUGUUUCUCCAAUAUCUUUUUUGAUCAUCUGAUGACCGAAAAUGGACUAAAACUAUACUAAAUCUAGACUUGUCAAAUUUGAACCCGAAAUGUAAAACUGGCCUGACUAAAUGCUAGUUGGUUGUUAAGACUAGUUAAAUAUUUAUGCAACUGGCCAAAUGAUUCAAAGCCAGUUGAUGUAUGCCUUGCCAACUAGACUUGCGCAUCAUGCUAUUGGAAAUAUGACUGUUUAAGAUUAAAAAAUAGGGGAAUUGUAUUGUAGAGAGACAAAGUGUUUGGAUAGAAGUAUAAGAAAAAUAAACUAAAUUGGACAAAACUGAACCACAAAAUGUGAGAGACUUGAGCUAGUUGCAAGUCUGAGAUAAUUUACCUGUUCAUACUGUCUGUCCUAUAUAUCCAAUAGUAAAUUUGGUUCUCAAUCCUAAACACUUAACUGCGAAAAUAGCGUCCCAAACCAAAAUAUUAACUGUUCAAGCACAACUCGCUCACCUUCACCCUUUAUUUGCCAUCACACCCCACUGCUGAUUGAUUGAUUUCUUCUGGAAGUUCAGGAGAGGAGGAAGGCCAGCCUCCAGCAGCGGUUUAAUCCCAUUCAUAAUUCACUUUGAUGUCAUUGUUGUUGCAGGAUCUCAUUUUAACAGGCAUCAGCACAGUCAUGCUACCUCUUGCCGGCAUUUCCACGUAGGGCCCCAGGCCCAGAUCCCUGUUGAUUUCCCAAUGCCCCAUCCAGGACAAUCUCAGACAGGAAUGAGCCAUCAUCUCGGCCCUGCGCACCAGCCAGCCGCGGCGUUACAUCCACCCAUCAACCACAUACCAGCUCCACCGUUCCAGGACAUCCCACCCCCGCCCUUCCUACCUCAGGCUUUACACCAGCAAUACCUCAUCCAGCAGCAGAUCCUGGAGGCCCAGCACAGGAGGAUACUUCCACAGCCCAGCAGGCAUGCUCCAGACCGAACCCUUCCCCAUCCGCAGACAUUGCGGCCGCCAUAUGAAUACCCACCAUCCAUCCACAUAUCCCCCCCACCGCCUGUGCCCCAGCAGCCACGCUACCUUGCUGAAGGAACAGACUGGGAUCUGAGUGUGGAUCCAGGCCUGCCUCAGUACCACGUCUCUCCCCUCACUCAACAUUAUCAGCAUUACCUGACCUCUCCACGACUGCAUCACUUCCCCAGGAACACCACCUCGGCACAAGUGGUUGUCCAUGAGAUCCGAAACUACCCUUAUCCUCAGUUACAUCUGCUGGCUCUCCAAAGCCUCAGUCCGUCUCGCCAUGCAUCUGCUGUGCGGGAGAGUUACGAGGAGCUCCUGCAGUUGGAGGACAGACUGGGAAAUGUUAACAGAGGGGCUCUGCCAACCACCAUCGAGAGGUUUACCUUUCCUUAUAAGUAUAAAAAGAGAAGACCUCUAGAGCUAAAGAUUGGCAUGGAUGAAGAGGAGCUCGACACGGAUGAGAAAUGCACAAUAUGCCUCUCGAUGCUUGAAGACGGAGAGGACGUCAGGAGAUUACCCUGCAUGCACCUCUUCCAUCAAGCUUGUGUUGACCAGUGGCUGGCAACCAAUAAGAAGUGUCCCAUCUGCAGGGUAGACAUUGAGACGCAGUUGUCCCCCGAAAGCUGAUGUCUCGUGUAGCAUUAGCUAAAAGUCCUGUCAUCUUUCUUAGUCCCCUUGUGGGCACUUUGCCAAAUGUGUGUCAUCUCCAUCACCUCUCACCUCUAACCUUUGCCUUCUGAGCCAACUGACGAUGUAGAAUGGGGAAGACGGAUAGCCCUGAAGACAGAGUCCAGCACAUGGAGAAGAACAAGUCUUUCGAUGAAGCUGAUUUCAGUCAAAGUGCUGUGAAUGUGUGUGUGUUUGGGACGUGAACGCUGUUCGUAACGUCUCCGAAUGAUCUCGGAUGAAGACCGACCAAAUGUUCUCAGUGUUCAGUAGGUCACAGAUGAAGCAUAACAGCAUGAACACAACAAAGUCCAACAUAUUACAUGUGGUUGGUCAUGAACAAUUCAUUUGUGAAAAAAUUAAUUGGCGAAUGAGAAGCGCGCAAGAGCAGUACAAUGACCCUGUGUUUAAAAAAGCUCCGUCGUCGUGUCUGUAAUCAUCGGAGGUGAUGCUUGACAUUCUUGAGCUGUUUGAAAUGUGUCCGCGUUUUGUGCUCGUGACGCCUCCAACGCUUAGAAACGUAUCCACCAAAUGCAUGUUGAAGCGAGAGGUUGUUCUGACGAGAGGUCAACAUGCAUGAGGACGUUUCCUGCGUGAUACUCUACUAAUCCUGAAGACACUGUGUUCUUGAUGCGUCUCCGAAGUCACCACGAGUGAAAUAUGUACCUUAAUGCCUGUAGCACAAGCACACGUUGAAUAGUAACGCCAUAACUCCGUGUUUCCAUUCUCUCUGUGACUCGUGGUCUCGCUUGGUCGUAAAGCAGCAUCUGUAGAGUCAUAAUGUGCAUGAAACAUGUUUGCUGCCAUUUCUAGAGGACAUGACAAGGGAGUAAAGCCAUUUGUUUUAUAAAAACCAAACAUAAGUUUUCUAAGCUCUUCUUCGUGAUCAUGAUUUCUUCUUUUUCCUACUGUUGCCAACCUGUGUGCAGGGCUGGUUCAAGCUUCUUCACAUAAGUAGCUGCAAUGCUGGAAAAAAUGAACAAACUAGUUAUUUAUUGUCGUCUUAAUGUAGUAAGUGGUUAUUUUUGUAAAUGCACUCGGGGGUCGUGUGAUUGUUUCUCUUUCCCUGCUUUUGCAUUUGCACUCAGUUUCCUUGCAUAUCGUGCACUUCAUCCAGAAAACUAAAAAACAAGGGAACAGACUUUUUAACAGCACAGUUUAUUUGCGUAAUGAUAGUUGUUGCCGCACCGACCACUUUCAAUGUAAGUGACUGUUUAUCCGUAGCAUUUGAGAUGUCUCUGUAGUACAUUUGAUUAAAUAACCUGCUUGGCUUUGCUUUCGCACCUUUUCCAGAAUUCAAGUGUUCAGCUUCUUGGAAGCAUUUCCUUGUUUUCAAUCACUGUUUUGUAGCAUUUAGUGAGCGUACGGAAGCAUGUUUCCACCACUGAAUAAAAAAUAAAAAGCUUGUGACUUUCUGUCUCAUAAUUGCGACUUUAUUUCUCGUAAUUCUUACUUUUUUUUCUCUGAAUUGUGAGAUAUAAACUCCAAAUUGCGAGUUGUGAAGUCCA